AUGACUGAGCAACAGUAUGUCAGACACCUUUCAGAUACAGAAGAGAUGCUUCUAACUCAGCAGGUCCCUCUAAGCCUCACUGACACCUUACAGACAUCAGCGCUCUCCUGUGCACUGCCUCCUACUCUAUUAGUGCGGACACUGACAUCUACUGUGAAGAAAAACAAUGUUUUUAUGACACCAUCUCUUGUGCAAAGGAGUGUUGACAUGAACAGUGCAGAACAAAGUCCUUUGAAACAUUCUGAACAUGUCCUAAGACCUGCUAUUUUGCAGCCACCUCGAGCUCAAAGGUGUGAACAAGUAAGACACCAUGCAUUGGAACACUGCAAGACUAAAGAAAAAACAAAAAAUAAGAUUUCUGAGAAGAACUCCUCUUUGCUAAGUGAAAAUAUGCCAAGUGCUGGAAUUUCAAUCCAGCUGUCUACCAACCAGAUUCUUUUGGGUGCUGCAUCAGUAGGAUGUCAACCAAAUGAAGAUAAGUAUUCUUUUAAAAGCUGCAGUUCUGACUUCGUUUUUGGAGAAAACAUGGUAGAAAGAGUUUUGGGUAUGCAAAAACUCACCCAGCCUCAACUUGAAAACGACUCCUAUGCCAAGGAAAAGCCAUUCAAAUACACUCUAAAAUUUCCUAUCAACUCUCCAAACUCAAGAACAGAUGCUAUUAAAAAUAUGUCCCUGAUUGAAUCAGCUGCUGCUCUCUCUUCCAAAUCAUCACCAAAAUGCUUGCUGAAGAAAAUUGAUGUAAUAACAGGGGAAGAAGCGGAAUAUAAUGUGUUAAAGAUCAACUGCAAGCUUUUUGUGUUCAACAAAACCACCCCGUCCUGGACUGAAAGGGGCCGGGGAGCGCUGAGGCUGAAUGACACAGCUGGCAGUGACCGUGGGGCCUUCCAGUCAAGACUAAUUAUGCGCAAUCAAGGCAGCCUGAGGCUGAUUCUCAACAGCAAACUCUGGACUCAAA